AUGCACGCUUCGUUCUCUGUCGAGAAACAGCAGACUCGCAUCGCUGCUCUUGAAGCAGAAAUUGCAGAAAUGGAACAGAAACUCGGCGACGACGUGGACGCAGAAAAGAUCGUCUCUGGGCAUAUCAAGCUGCUACACCAGUAUAAUGAAGCUAAGGAUGCUGCGCAAAUACUCAUUGGCAAGCUGGCCGCCCUGAAGCAUACAACUAUCAGGAGAGUACACGAAGAUUACGGUCUAACCGAUUCGGAUUGAACAGGCGCCCUGCUAUUUCCUCCCCGUGCUCAGGCAUUUGCUACCUUUACCGCACACCCAUGCAUAAGUGCGUCGUACCAUGUAAUCCCACAACUCAGCUGCUGUAAAUGUCAUCUGAGGGUAUU